AGAACCAAGAAAUGCUUAAACUCCUAAUUACAAAUGCAAUUGAAUUGAAAUUAACCCUUGUUAAAAGAUAUGCACUUCCCAUCCAAAUAUAGCUCAUAAACAUUUUAUUUCCCCAAUGCACAAUCAAAAAACUCCUACGGACUCCUAUACAUCAACAUAUCCGACUCUGGGAUCACUGUAGACAACAAUUCUAGGUAAUCGAUUUGUUUCCACUAUAUGAUAUCAAAUAGAUCAAGUAAUUUCAUUAUUACUUCGUUGAUAUCAUAAGAUUAUGAUUAACUAUCCAGGAGUAAAUUCAAGUGCUUAUAGGGAAUCCACUUAAAAGUCAAUGUUGAAAGUGGAUAUACACAAUUGAUCAAUUUCAUCACAUUAACAAAAAGGUCAGGCUAUUGGUUAAUGUUGCCCAAUGAUGAGAAUUUAAAUAUGUAGGUGAUUUAAGAUUGAUUUACGAAGUAGUCCUCCUACUUUUAAAUUACUUAACUAAAUUUAUUGCUGUACAAAAAUUGAACUGAGUUUUCACUCUGAUGUAUGAUAAAUACAUCAUAGAGUUUGAGUAACUCCAACAGUCUCGAAUUAUCAUGUUUUACAUUAUCCAAAAC